AUGGAAAAUGUUUUGCAAUCUCGUAGCUGUUGCCGCCUCUGUUCCUUGUUGGUGUCAUGGGUCGUGAAUGUGGCAUGUCUCGGUGCCUGCUGGGGGGCGGGGCAGCUUAGACUCCAGACAUGGUCUCUGCUGACCUUUGAGCCUUCAGCGCCCAGCCGCCCUGACGUCUGGCCAGCCGCCUCACCCCACUCCUCCGAAGGGCGACCUGUUCUCAAGAUUGGAAGGACUGGAAGUUUGAGAUCAAGAUGCCGCAUAGUCAAGCUCUGGGGGAGCUGGGGCUGGAGGAGAAGCUGGUCUGCUGGGCCUGACAAUGCACUUGGAAGUGGAGAAAUAAGGACAGCCAUCUCGACAGCACCCAGACGGCUCAGCCCUGCUCACUGCCUGCCGCUGGCGGAGACCUUAUCUCUGCCCACCACACGCAGCUGCUGCAGCGUCCUGGGCGGACUGGAAGCCAAACCACCGGAGCGAGUCUGCAGGCCGGUCCCGCUGCCUGCUCCGGGGACAGGAGCAGGGAAGAGGGGAAGAAGUGAGGCUGCCUGCCUGCCUCGCUCCUCUGGCAGAUGCCACAGGGACCCCUCGGCCCCCCUUUCAUUCCACAGGAUGGAUGCGGCUACCUCUCCUUGCCCCAGUCUCCUCUCCCUGGGCUGUGCUGGCCCCAUUGCCAGAAAAAUUCCAGGGCAUUCCAAGGCAAUCUGCCUGGAAAACAAACCCGGUGCCGAGCCACCGCGGGAUGGGCCAGAGGAUUUUGGUUUAAUCCCAAAACUCCCAGCACGGCCCAAAUCUCAUAAAUCAGGUGGGGAUAGUUGUUGUUUCAAGCGGCCGGUCCUUUCUUGUGCUGGCCGGCUCUCCCCUGCCUGCUCCUGCAGUGGGGGAGGGACUCUGCAGUGGGGGUGGGGAGAGGCCAGCAGGGAGGGAAGAGAUGGGGUGACUUAGCACGAGCCAUCUCUCUGCCCCACUUCGUCCCUUGACCUUCAGUCUGACGAGAAUCCCGUCCUGGCCGGCCCCGGAACGGUAAUAAGCUGCUGUGUUCAGGGAGCACGUUCAAGCGUUUUCAAAGCACCUUCAUUUCCAAUAAUCCAUUUUAUCCCUCUGGCAGCCCCAGACGGGGCAUAGGUGAGAGGCCGGUCUCGGAGGCCACGGAGGCCGCUGUGUCCACGCGGGUGUGCCUCCCAGCACACUGGCUGCCGGGCCUCUGCAGGCUGCCCCGUGGGUGUGGGACCGCCCAGACCGAGAGUGUCUUCUGCUGACCCAGCGCGGAGACGCCCAGAAGCUUCCACCACUGGCCUCACAUUGAAGUGCGUGAGCACAUGGACUUCUGCUCCGAAUCUGGCCCUGCCCUUCAGCAGCUGUGGUGCCUUGGCCAAGUUAUUUAGCCUCCCUGGGCCUCAGUUUCCUUAUCAUAAAGCAGGGAGAAUACCCACCUUACAGGGCUGUUAGGAGGACUAACUGAAUCAAUAUUUAGAAAGUGCUAGAGCAGUCCCUGGCACGUAGUAAGGGCUGUGUCAGUGUUUGCUGAAAAAACUGGUCUCAGCUCUGAAACCCAGGAUCACACAGACGGCGGCCAGGCUCUCGGGUAUGGGAGCUCGCGUGGGCUCCCUGAACCUCUUCUUCUCCAAGCCCUUCAGUUACCCAGCAAAUAUUUGUUGAACACACACCAUGUGCCUGUGUGUUUGGCCUUGGGUUUGCUGUGUGGACGGAAACAAAACAGUCCCUGUCCUCCGGGAUUUACAGUGAA